UCGUGUUCCCAUCUAACCAAUAAAAGGUAUUCGCGAUGUCUGGAGGACACAAAGAGACGCACGAGGCCAUGAAUAUAUACUGUAUCACACUCAACGGACCAGCUCCCUGGGGGUUCAGGCUUCAGGGGGGCAAGGACUUCAGCAUGCCCUUAACUGUGUCCAGGCUGACGCCCGGGGGAAAAGCUGCACAGGCGGGAGUCAGCGUCGGAGACUGGGUGGUGUCCAUCAGUGACUCCAACGCGGAGGACAUGACCCACGUGGAGGCACAGAACAAAAUUAGGGCGGCCACGGAUUCGCUCACCCUUACCCUCAGCAGUGCACAGCCAGCAGAAAUGAAAGAUGAAUUUGGUUCGCUUGCUCCUGCAUCCAGUCAGCCCAAGUACUCCUUUGCACCAAGCACGACCAUAAACAAGAUGGCACGGCCUUUCUCUGCCAGCGGCACUAAUGCCAACGCAGGCCCUGUCAUCAAACCUCUGUAUCCUGAGGCCAAUAAGAAGAGACUGAUCGAGGACACUGAGGACUGGCAGCCACGCACCGGCACCACCCAGUCCCGCUCUUUCCGUAUCUUGGCCCAGCUCACGGGCACUGACUUCAUGCAGGAUCCCGAUGAUGAGAACAUGAAAAGGGCCAGAGAAAAGUUCCUUGCUGAGAUUCAGAGCCCUCGAUACGCCAGGCUGAGGGACUGGCAUCACGACCGGUCCGCCCGCGCCCUCAAUAUCAAUCAUGGAUUGACGGCCUGUCCUGCCAAAUCUAAAGUAACAGACAAAAGUGAUGAAAGCCAAGCCAAGCCAACUUCUAAAGAGGCAUCGAGUGGCCCUGCAUGCAGGCCGCCCUGGGUUACCGACCCCGGCUUUGCCGAACGCUACCACCCAGACAAGACCAGCACAGUGGUGACACAGCACAAGCAGCCUGCCGAGCCCACGCCCAUGCAAAACCGCAGCUCCAUCCUGCAGGCGGCGCAGCAGAACCCUGCGGACAGUGGCCGCACCCCGCUCUGCGCCGCAUGCAACAAGGUCAUCAGGGGCCGAUAUGUAGUCGCGCUUGGUCGUUCCUGGCACCCAGAGGAGUUUACUUGCUGUCAGUGUAAAGUGGUCCUGGACGAGGGGGGUUUCUUUGAGGAAAAAGGGUCUAUUUACUGCACCAAAUGUUACGAUAACCGCUACGCACCCAACUGUGCCAAAUGCAAGAAAAAGAUCAUUGGGGAGAUCAUGCAUGCCCUGAAGAUGACCUACCACGUCCAAUGCUUCUUAUGCGCAGCCUGUAAAACGCCCAUUAGAAACCAAGCCUUUUACAUGGAGGAGGGGGAGCCCUAUUGCGAGAGAGACUAUGAAAAGAUGUUCGGUACUAAAUGCCAUGGCUGUGACUUUAAGAUUGAUGCUGGGGACCGUUUUCUGGAGGCUCUAGGCUACAGCUGGCAUGACACUUGCUUUGUCUGUGCUCUUUGCCAGAUCAAUCUGGAGGGGAAGACGUUCUACUCUAAGAAGGAUAAACCACUGUGUAAAAGCCAUGCUUUCUCACCCGUCUGAGGAGAGACCUCCUAGUCGCAGUUAGGGAGAAGGAGCAGUGAUGGGUCCACACUUAUGCCAAAAAUCUCCAACCUCACCCACUUAAGA